AUGAAGGACACUGAGAGAGGGUUAUGCUUUCGAACUCCUCUCCCUGUUUGUCGUUCGCAAGACGAAUCAUCAUACUGUCCUGAAGCGAAACGCAUGAAGUUAUGUUCUAAUCCUAGUCCAUCUCGUGUUUCAAGUGUUUACAGUCGAAUUUUCGAACGAAAGACUCGUCCAAUUAGUGGUCAAGAUAAAAGUAAAGACAAUCAAUCUUCAUGGAAUGGAUCUUCCUUUAGAAAUCUGUUAUCAUUUCCCAGUCUGAAAGCGUUAAGUCGCCCUGGUGACAUUUGCCAAUAUUUACUCCAAAGUUUCUUACCAACUAAUCCUAUUCAACCUUUGAAGAUGAAACACUCGUCUGUUUUUAGUUCUACUCCUUUUAAUGGACACUCAAAAUCAUUCUUAAAGAAAAAUCAAUUUCCUACUGAAAGACAACUGUAUCAACGACUUUUGGACAAAGCAUCAUUUCAGCGAACUCUGUUUAACAAACCGUCUAAUAAUUUGGUUGGUACAAUUACUAUUAAUUUAGACGGAGAGGUCAGGGGUCGUUCUUCAUUACGACAAUGUAAUCUCUCCCCGAUUCUUCCAAACCACAGGAGUCAAUCAACAGUACCAGCUAGCUCAAAUGACCAUACUCUUGCUGUAGCAUCUCCAGAUACCAGUGAUUCAGAAGUUCGUGCAUGGCUAGAAAGUUGUGGAGAAUCUCCUUAUCUAUCAGACAGUUGGCUUAAUAAUUUAACUUCAAGUUAUCGUGCAAAAAAGAAGGAACGUGAACGAAACUAUGAGUUAGCGAAAGCAAAUAUACAAUUUUGGGAAAAGCAGCGUACUUUGGCUGAAAAAGAGCGUAUCACUAAUCUUGAACAAAGACUUGCUUGUUUAUUGAAAACACCACCUGUCCUCAAUGAUCCAUAUUUAGUACCCCAACCAAUCCCUAUCGAACUACCCUAUAAACCUGUUAAGGUCAAAGAACCUAAAGUACCAAGUCUCCCAGUUUUAUCUGCAUCUCAAUUAGCUCAGGUUGAAGCAACUCUUCGAACUGGCUCUCUAGAUGAAGUACUGGUUGAUAAAUUUAAAUUAGGUGUUACACGACGUGAAUUAGUCACAUUGACCGGUUCAAAUUGGUUAUGUGAUAUGGUGAUCAACUUUUACUUACAGUUACUGCAACAUCGAAGUCAGCAUCAAACAAAUCUACCUCGUGUUGCUGUUCUGUCAACAUUUUUCUACGCAAAGCUAACAGCACCAACAGGUGGAGGUUAUGCAGGUGUACGACGUUGGACUCGACAAUUAAAAUUGUUUGAUCAUGAUAUUGUACUUAUCCCAAUUCAUGAUAGAGGGAUGCAUUGGUGUUUAGCGUCUGUUGAUUUACGUGCCAAAAGUAUAACAUACUACGAUUCAAUGGGUUGUGGAAACAUGAAGUGUCUAGAACAGUUGAUGGAUUAUUUGAAAAGUGAAUCAGUAGACAAAAGGAAUAUUGAACUUCCAGAUCCAGAUUCAUGGAAAUUUGUCAAUACAGAGGAUACUGUACCUCAACAGUACAAUGGAUCUGAUUGUGGUGUAUUUUUGUGCACAUUUGGUGAAUUUAUUUCACGUGAUGUCCCAUUCACAUUUAGUCAGGAUGAUAUGCCAGGAAUACGUAAACGAAUGAUCUAUGAAAUAUUGACACAGCAACUUUUAA